AUGCUGGAAGACCUGAGGCUUCCGUGCCACGCUUCACAACUCCUCACGAACCAACGACUGGAGUAUGUGAUGCACUUUGCUGCUACGGGUGACACCAGGAGGACUUUGGCGAGUCGAACGCCUCGUGUCCCACUCGUUUAUAAGCUCUCUGACGUGAUGGAUUGCUCGACCCAACACGUGACCCAUCUCUCAACGUCCACUGAGUCUCUUCAUGCAAAGGCGACAUGGCUACGACUUGUUGAAGCAGAACACACGACCGACUUGGAAACAAGAGCAGGUACAGCGACAGCAAAUCCGUGGCCAAGAGUCGUUGCAGCAAAGUUUUACGCGAAAAACCUCGAGGGCACUCCCACCAGGCAAUCUUUCGGCCUAGUCGAGCAAGUCGUACCCGUUGAGUGGCAGCAGUUUCGAGGAAGAUCCAGAGUGAGAACACACGCCACUGAAAUGGAGACGACGACGAAUCAACGCAAGUGCCACAACUGCAGCCAGACGGGCCACCUCCGUCGUGAUUGCCCUGAAGCGCCGUCCUCCGAGGGCGGUUUCAGUGGCUACCCCAGUGGUGCGCCCUGUUUUGGCUGUGGCCAAGUAGGCCACUUGAAACGGGACUGCCCGACCAUCACCAAUGGCCGUGCGUGUCACAACUGUGGCCAGGCCGGUCACUUGCGUCGGGACUGCCCGGAGGACGUGCAGCCACCCAAGUGCCACAACUGUGGAGAGGCAGGCCACCUCCGUCGGGAUUGUCCACAGGAGCUGCGCGAGUCGCGCAAGUGUCACCAUUGCGGCCAGGGCGGUCACCUCCGUCGGGACUGUCCGGAAGACAGUGGCCCGAGUGAGGACAAGUGCUAUCAGUGUGGGGAGAAUGGCCACUGGGCCCGGAAUUGUCCUGGGGGUGCCGUGGAGUAA